AUGCCGGCCACGGACGACGGGGCCGCUUGGACAUUAUUGGCGCUCGUGGAUUUCGCGAGAGGCAAAAUGUGGACCAAGGACUUCGACGCAGCACCUGCGGAGACAGAUGCCGCAAGCCUGUCCGGGGUGCAGUCGUUCUUGAUGGACUGGGUCAUGUCCGCGGUUAACCACGCCCCGACUGCGCAGUGGAGCGACAACGGAGGGCAGUUCCAAUCCGUAAUCAAUGCAAUGGUGGAAAACGCGUUCGGCACGGCCCCUGUGUUCAUCCCGCCGGGGCACCCCGCCUCCAACGGCCUCACAGAGCGGAUGAGCGCGGCGCUGGGGCGAUUGGCCAGCAGCCGGGCGAAACUGCAAUCAGUGACUACAGCGCUGAACAACGCUUGCAGGGGCAGGCACCCGUGCCCCCCAGAAGUCCUGCAUCGGCUGCUUCUCCCCCGCCGCAGCACGCUCACUCACCAGGCGGUCCGGCAGCACAUGCAGGCGCAAGAGGCCGCGGGCGCAGAGAUCGAUCGCGAUUCUUUCCUGGCUGCACACACCGAGAUGGUCGAGCAGAUGGAGGUGGACGGGGUGCCGCGAGAGCUGAUUGACGACCACGCUUCUCAAGUCGGCACACUCAGGGGCGCCAUCUCGUGUAGGCAACUGCGGAUAGACAUUGGCAACCGGCUGCAGUGGUCCCGGAACGCAUCCAACAAGGGCAUGAUGUUCUACACGGGCGACCCUGACAUCCGCCACAAGUACGAGGACGGCUCGUUCGAGAUCGUGGGCGUCGCGGGGCAGCUGCUCGAGGUCAGGCGCAGAGGCGGCGACGCUGUCCACCGCGAGGCUGCCAAAGGUGAUCAAGAUUCGCACUGCCUGUUCAGCGCCGUCGCCUACGGCGCGAAAGGCAUCAAGGGGAGGGUGCCCAGCGACCAGCGGCUGUCCGCCAUGGGGCAGGCGCGCAGGAAGGAGGUGGCCGCGUGGAUCGACAACCACAGGGAAGACUGUCUGGACGAUGUGUCUGUCGAGGACGUCCUGCGGGCCGAACUCGAGGACGACCCGCACAUAGAGGCGGAUGACGCCGAGCCAGAGAUUCCGCAGUUCAUCCGGACCCCGCGGUGCUUCGGGAGCGGGGUGGCCAUGCGCGCGAUGGACAAGCUCUACCCGGUAUCCAUCGCGUGCUACGAGCAGGGCGCGCGCGGGCUGCGGGUCUCGCGCCCGGCCGGGAGCGCUCUGCUAGAUGGCGCCACCAGCGUGCACCUGCGGUACAUGAACGGGAACCACUUCGACCUCUUCCGCUCCGCCCCUCCGGUGGACACGGCCCUCGGCCUCGACAUCUCCGGCCCAUCGUCGGGGGCAGCCCAGUCGCGCAAACGGCCCCCGCCAUCAGGAAGCACGCCCGCGGCGAAGAGGCGCCGCCUGAAGGGCAAGCAGGCGGCCGAGCCGCCUCGCGGCACGGUGCUGCGGACUAUGGCCAGCAUGACAGGCCCGAACAGCGGCGGGAGGACGAAAGUCAUCAACCUGUUGAAGCAGCAAGGCUUUCAGGCAGCGGGUGCGCGGAGAGCGCUUCAGAAGCUCUGCGACGAGAAGGCCGUGUUCCCCUCCCAGACUAGGCGCCCGCUGCAUGGCAGCACUAG